AAAAACCUGGCGGCCGGCCGAACGACAUUGCACCUGCUUUCCCACUGUGCUUUUCUCAAUAAAUGUCCCUCACGGUCGAACAGGGUCGAAUGCACGGUUGAAAGAGAGCCCUAUGUCGUUCGACAAAUGUCAGAAAGGACGUUGACUACGAAGUGCAAAGUAGAAAAGGUUUCAAGCGAAGGACUUGAGGUCGCUCAAGCUCCGUCAGUCUCUCAAGCAGGAUGUUUAAUGCAUACAUGAUUGCAAUUACCGCAUUGGGGGAAGGCUUAUGGUGAUCCGGGGAUUUUGCAUGUGGGGGACCCGUACAAUAUCAAUAUCACUCGAAUCUGCUCCCAACUUGCGCGGCGACGAUGCCAUCAGGCAGAUGGGGUUGUGCUGGAGGCCAUGCAGUUAAUCCCUGACUCAUGACUUUACCAUCCGAUUCUACAUACGCAGCAGGAAGCUCGGUGCUGCAACAAGGCUGCCUUACUUGGUAUUCAUAUGUCUGCCCAGUAUUAGAACAAGAACUCCGGAUUGGCGUCAUGCAGCACAUCCUCAGCUAUGGCGCCAGUGCGCUGUUGAUGGCCCUGGGCGCUAAAGUCGCCACUGCCAAACCGAUCCAACCUUACGCUCAGCCUGGCAACGCUGAUCCAGUCGGCGUGCAGCUUGCGCCAUGGAGGAAAGUUGAUUCGAAUGCGGCUGCCGCUCAAGGUGCUGAUGCAGCAUGCUUCGAAUCGUGGGGAACAUAUCCGACAUGGGACGCAGCGCGCCGGGAGCUGGUCUCCUGGGUCGCCUAUAAACCUUUAUCGCAGGCUCACGGUGCAUGCGCUUUGCACACGAAAACUCUGGACGGUGGAAGGCCGCUUUCGGAAGAUAUUACCUCCGAGAAACAAGGAUUGCUGUUCUUCGUGUCGCAGACUGCGACGGAAGCCUCGUUGAAUGCACAAGAUCCGUGUGAUUGGGCGCACAGGCUUGCCAACUCUAUCCCUUUUUUCGAAAAACCUGGGGAUUUCAGCUAUGCCAACACGGCAGCUGGUAGCAGCAGCAAUCAAGUCGUGUUGCAAGGUCGCGGCGGGGACGGCAGACUCGAAUUGACGCCAAAGGUCGUAUCACUGUGGAAGGAAUAUGCCAUUCUCUCCUUGCCAAACACUCCUUCUGGACAGAUUGCAGCAGCGAACAUUGACAAGUACUUGCCAUUUGACACGUACGUCUCAACGUUGAAGCCUCAGCAGUCUUCGCGCAUUUUUCCAGCUGAGCAGGAUGAUGGCCCGGACUAUGGACAAGUGAAAUACAACCCGCUCAUCUCGCUCAUUCUGCAAGACGAGGAGCUGAACAAGGAGCGCAUCAGGAAGACUGUCGAGGUCGUUAGUGGCGAGGAUCAACGCACCGAAUUUGCAGCCAGCUCGCGUUUCAGGGGAUGGGACGGAAGGCACAGUGCCACAAUCGGCGCUAGGAACGCUGCGAGGUGGAUUAAAGACGAGAUGCAGAACUCUCUUUUGAGCGUGCCGGAUGCCAAGUGCCACUUGUGGGAGUACAACACAUAUUAUGCGCCAAACGUCAUGUGCAACAUUCCGGCCUCUCGUGGACAUGCGAAUGCAGACGACGACGACGGCGAUGAGAAUGCGAGGGUCAUUAUAUCGGCACAUUAUGAUUCCAGGGGUACAUUUGGAAACGUGACCGCACCAGGUGCAGACGACGACGGCUCCGGCACGUCUGCCCUGCUCUCCAUCGGGCGAGUCCUUGGCUCCAAGUCGGUCCGCUUUUCUCGGCCCGUGCAGCUGAUCUUCUUCUCGGGCGAAGAGCAAGGCCUCGUUGGGUCGGAUGCGUACGCACAACACCUCAAAGAUGCCAACGUUCAUGUACACCUCCAGUUGCAGAUCGACAUGAUCGCUUAUCGUGUCGAGGGCGAACCGAUGCAAAUGGCUUUUCCAGAUAGAUAUGAUACCAAGACCGCCACGAAGCACGUCAUGGAUAUCGCGCAGGUGUACGUGCCAGAGAUUGUGGUGGGGUACACACCUGCAUGCUGCAGUGACCACCAGAGCUUCUGGUCGCGCGAUUACCCAUCCACCUGGGUCUUUGAGCGGAACAACGCCAUCGCGGACCCAAUGUACCACAACUCUGGCGAUUACUCCCGCAGGAAAGGGUACGACUACGCGCAGCUUCAGGCUACUACGCGUGUCGUCCUCGCCACGCUUCUUACACGCGCUGGAUUCUAUCUCUGAGAGCCGGGUGGCAAGAGAUAGAAAAAUGCAUCUUCGAGAGCUCCGCUUGCAGGAAUGCGAAUAGAAUUUUGGAAGAGGAGAUAAUAGUUACAUGUAUUUGACCAGCAGCCCAACGACUCUGUUGAAAG